AUGUUGCUGUUUCAGUUUCAGUUUCAUGUAAAGCAGCAUUUUGAAGAAACUGUGCUUGAAUCAAACAUUAAAAAAUGUAUUAAGGCCCUUAAAGAGGUAAUAGUAGCAAAUGAAAUAAAAACGAUUGGUAUCGUGAGGGACCUAGUGAUCCUCAAUCUGACCCAGUGGGGAUACUUUAUCGAUACCUUUGAGGAAAUAUUCAAAGAUAUUAGACUAGCAGCAGUACUCUACGCAAACACUCUAGUAAUUCCACCAGCAGAUCAAAGAUUUAAAAUCAUUAGAGAAUACCACGAAGCGGCAAUAGGUAGACAUAGGAAAAUGAAUAAGACAUAUAACAGGAUCGCCAAAGACUACUACUGGAGAAACACGCGCCCAGAUGUAAGACAAGUCAUCCUGGGUUGUACAUCAUACCAAUCGAAAAAACUUGUCCGUAUUAAAACGAAACAAGCCAUGCUCAUCACCGACACACCCAUUCUCGCACCUGUGAAGAGAGCAACAGCCGAAGAAACGGUAAGAGCGAUAACAAAUAAGUUUAUAGCGUACUUUGGACCACCGGAACAUUUAUUAUCGGUCCGAGGCACUCAUUUUAUGAACAAAAGUAUGGAUGAACUUGCAAGGCUGUUCAAAAUAGACAAAAUGGGCAGCACAGCAUUCCACCCACAAACAAACGGCCCCAUUGAACGUAUACAUCAUACUCGGAGUACAUCAAGACAGUACGGGAUAGUCACCGCACGAACAGUUUUUGGGCAAAGAGCCAGAACACCAUCCAGUACCAAACUGCCGCCGAAGGGCCAAAUUUCAAAUGAAUAUUUCAAAGAGUUAGUUGAGACCCUGACAGAGAUAAGAACCGUCGCAGCAAUGAACCAAGUUCAGACCAAAUACCGAUCGAAGUAUUACUAUGACUGCAAACUGAAUACAAGAUAUUUCUUGAAGGGAGGAAUGGUUUAUGUUCUGAAAGAGCCAUUGAAGGGUAAAUAUGAUUCGCAAUACGAGGGUCUGUAUGAAAUAACUGGCAUUGAUUAUAUCAACAAAAACGUAGUCAGCGUGGAAACAACUCUGAAGGAGAUGGGACCAUGGCAGUAA